AUGCGUCUGAACUACGCCCCCUCUACAGCACCCACAACCAACCCCGACGGCACGCCGCUCAGCCCGGCCGAGCAGGAAUCGACUGCAGACAUCUAUACGCGCAUUGCGGCGCGACGAAAUCCUCGCCCUCUUAUCCCCCUCGACCUGACCUUCUUGCACACUCCGCCGAUCGCCGACGGGUACAAUGCGUUUGUGGGAGCGAUCCGCAACAACGCGGUGAUACCGCAGUCGGUGCUUGAGCUGUCCGUCUGCCGGGUCGCGAUACUGAACGAGGCAGUCUACGAGUGGAAUGCACAUGCGCCACUGGCAUUGAAGGCCGGCGUCACGACAGCACAGUUGAGCGAAGUCAAGUAUUUAGCGGCGUCGAAAUUCACGGCGGAUGGCGCGAUCAUUGCAGAGCGGUUGCCGGAGAGCCAGCUCACCGACGCUCAGUGGGACGUGCUACUGUACACGGAUGCGGUCACGAAGAAUGUCAAGGUCGACGACGCGGUGUUUGACGCGGUCAAGCAGCGGUUUAGCGAGAGAGAGGUGGUGGAGCUGACGGCGUGCAUUGGGGCGUACAACAUGGUCAGUCGGUUCUUGGUUGCGCUGGACGUGGGCGAGAACAACGACAAGCGGAUGAAGGAGGCAGACGAGAUCGAGGCGGAGUUGGCAGCGAAAUAG